AAUCAACGCAAUAGUAUGGAAUGAUAGUGAAAAUACAAAUGUGACAAAUGUUAUUAUUUCGUCUUUAUUCCAAUCAAAACAACAAGAUUAACUUGAUUUGGAUAUUGGUGUAGUAUAGGAUAACAAAAAAGAUAGCAACAGUAUUAUCGUGACCUAAUCUAUUCAAAACAUAUUUUAAGAAGAAUUGAUCGGUCACAAAAAAACUCGAUAAAAAAAUUCUGAAAAAAUCAAUAUCUGAUAAAAAAGUGUUUUAGUUGACACGCAAACAGAAAAAUCAAAGCAUAUUAUUUAUAAAUUAAUUUGUUAUCUGAUGACAAUGACGAUUUUUAGUUGUCGUUUAAACAAUUAGAUCGCAAAUACCAAGCAAAGAGUUAAAAUUAUAGAGUUUAUGCAAGUGUGCAGUGCAAUCAGUGUAAAUUACACAUGAAACGGCAAAAAUAAACAGUUCUACAUACGGUUGUUGAAAUGAUAAUCAUAUGAACACAAUUCUUAACUGUACAUUCCUGUUGUUGAUCAUAAAAGAGUUUGAUAAACAAAACAAUUCAUUUUGUGUUAAUGGGAUCAAUAAUAAGAGUUCCACUGGAGCAUAAAUAUUCACAAUUUGAUUGUAUUUGUCAAAAACAAAGUCCUACAUUAUCAGGAUGAAUCGAGAUGAUAAUCUGUGGUGGUAUCACAGAAGUUUAACACGCGAAGAUGCCGAAGAUCUAUUGAAAGAGUCGGGAAGUGAUGGUGUGUUUUUAGUUCGAGACAGUAAAACAUCGCCGGGAGACUAUGUGCUUUCCGUGUUACACGAAGAUGAAGUAUAUCAUUAUCAAAUUCGACGUCACGGAGAGGAUGCGUUCUUUUCAAUCGAUGAUCAAACGCCAGUACAUGGGCUCGAUUCAUUGAUUGAACACUACCGCGAAUCAUCCGAUGGUCUCGUAACUCAAUUGACUGCAAUUAUUGUUAAAGAUCCACCACCAGCCGAAUCUCGUAGACAUGGCACCACAAAUUUAUUACAUCGCGCCACUAAAAAUGGUGAUCCUCAGCUUGUGGAACAUGUAUUGCUUUCUGACAAGACUGGAUCUCGUAUUGAUGCCAAAGAUCAAGAUGGACGAUCGGCAGUACAUUUGGCAUGUCUUCGAACAAAUAGUGCCGAACCAAUUUUAGAAAAACUCAUCAACAGCGGUGCCAAUGUAAAUUGUCGUGACGAACAUGGUAACACUCCUUUGCAUUAUGCAUGCCAAACGCAGCCAUUGUCACUAAUACAAAUCCUUGUGGAUGCAAAUGCCAACAUUGAUGCACGAAAUAAUGACACAGGGCGUGUGCCAUUGCACGAUGCAGCCAGCACAGGCAAUCUCGAAGUGGUAAAGUUCUUAUUGGGUUGCGGUGUUCCACACUUACCACGAUCGAUUGAAUUUGAAACGCCAGCCCAACUGGCUCGAAGCAAUGGUCAUAUUGCAACGGCCGAAUAUUUGGAACAUUUUACCCCUCCGCAACCAACGACACAACGGUCCAAAUGGUACCAUGGCACAUUGAGCCGAGAUGAAUCUUCACGAAUUUUGCGAUUGCAUGCCAGAGAAAAUCAUGAGAAUGAGGAUGCAUCUGGUACAUUUUUAAUUCGAUAUUCACAACGAGAAAAUACACAUAUUUUGGGUUUACUUGGUGAAGGUAAUGAAUUGCGAAACUAUGUCAUACAACGGAAUCAAAACUAUUACUACAUCGACGAAGGGCCAUAUAUGAAGUCAUUGGAGCACAUGGUUGAACAUUACAUGCGAUUCUCAGACGGUUUACCGACAAAAUUACGAUUUCCAGUUCCGCCAAAGCCAAAGCCUCCACUUCCUCCAACCCAAGCACAAGAUUCAACUCUCAAACAAACACCAAGUGGCCAUAAAUUUUUAAAAUCACGAACAUCAGACGAAGGCACCAGUUCAAUGAAUCGAAAAACAUCCAAAGAUGCAGAGACAUUGUCAAUGACAUCGCCAUUGCCAAAAGAACGCAAUCUUUCGCUUCCGUCGGACGAUCUAAUGAAUCAAGUUGGUCUAUCCAGCCCAUUAUCGAUGUCAAACUUGCAUUCGAUUCAGUCCACUGUUGAUCCUACAACACCGUCGGCAACAGUUAAAGUGAAAAAAUCACCGCGAAAAACUUUUUCGCCGAUUUUUUUAAGCUUGAAAUUACCGAAAAAGCAUAGUAAAUCCAAAUCAAAAGUGUCCAACGAAAGCACUAACAACACAUCUAAUUUGGUGACCAACGAUGAGAUUUCACGGACUUUUGGCAGUUUGAGCUUCAAAUCAAACAUCAAAGAGAUUAACGAUUCACUGUAUAACAUUCCAAGUAAUAUACCAAUUGCACGGUCAGACGAUAUUCAAAAUCAUAAUAUUGGAUCAUCGAUGGCCACUCUACCAAUGCCUUCACGAUCGCAUUUCACUCAAAUGCCAACCAAUCCGGAUACAGAUUAUUUGGAAAAAUUUACUCAAAGUGAUAAACACAUUGUAACUACAGACGAAUUACAAGACAAAGAUAAUUCAAUCGAAGAAAUUUAUUUUGUUGAAGCGCCCACAAAAUUAAUGUCUAUUUCAUCGACAUCCAUCAACUAUACGGCGUUCAAACAAAUUCCAUAUUUUCCAACAUCAAAUAACAAUAGCCCAGAUCCAUGCUACAUAAAUAACAAUAGUAAUAUAAAUGAAACAAUAACAAACACCAACACAUCGCCAUCACGUUCCGAUCGUGCUCAAUCGGUUGAUUCAACAUUCGGCAAUGACGUUGAUUUGAUGUUGGCACUGCAAAAUCAAGCCAACGGAAACUCAAGUAGUUUAUUCACGGCAAAUAACCCCAAUUAUUACAUACCAGGUUCGUGCAUUAAGUUGGAGAAUGUGCUUGGGCAAGGCGAAUUUGGUAAUGUAUGGAAAGGUCAAAUGAGAUGUGAAACACAAAACGGCGACUCACACGAAAUACCAGUUGCAAUCAAAACAUUGCUUGACGAACAUUGCAAAGAGAAUCGCAUUGAAUUAUUGCGUGAGGCCAGUGUUAUGAUCAAACUAUCACAUCAUUGUAUUGUGAAAAUAAUUGGCAUUUCAAAGGGUCCGCCGUUGAUGAUUGUACAGGAACUAGUAUCAUUAGGAUCUUUAUUAGAUUAUUUGAUUGCAAAUCCCGAUAAAAUUAAUCCAAAUUCCGAAUUGAAAAUAUGGGCAUCACAAAUUGCAUGCGGAAUGAACUAUUUGGAGCAACAACAUUUUGUGCAUCGAGAUUUGGCCGCUCGAAAUAUUUUAUUAUCGUCAAUUCACCAAGCAAAAAUAUCCGAUUUUGGACUUUCACGUGCUCUGUGUGCUGGCAACAAUUACUAUAAAACAAGCCGCGGCGGAAAAUGGCCGAUAAAAUGGUAUGCACCGGAGAGUUGUAAUUUUGGUACAUUUUCACAUGCCAGCGAUGCAUGGAGCUUUGGUGUAACGCUAUGGGAAAUGUUUUCAUUUGGCCAAACACCAUACGGCGAUAUGAAGGGGGUCGAAGUCAUUAAAAUGGUUGAAAUGGGUAGCCGUCUAUCAAAGCCGCUAGCAUGUCCAGAUAAUGUCUAUGAAAUUAUGUCUAGUUGCUGGAAUUAUAAUCCAAAAGAUCGACCAACAUUCCGAUAUCUUACUGAAUUUUUUUCCAACGAUCCAGAUUAUCAAAAUCUUAUCGAACUCAUCAAAACACAAAACAUUUACUAGACAAUUUUAAUUUGAACGUCUGUCCGGAAUGAGGAAAGAAAACAAAUGAAAGAAAAAAAAACAUUGCAAAUUUA